CGGUCGGGCGUGCGUGUGAGGCGUCCUCCGCGGCCGUGUCCCUCCGCGGCGGCUGCAAGGCGGGGCGGCGGCUGAGGCGGCCAGUUUCCAAGGGUCACUUGUGUCUCAUCCGUGGGAAGACUGAGGAAGACCGAGGGAGCCCAGAAGGCCUUGGUGUGGAAUUCUGAGAGCUGAUUCCUGCCUUGUCUUCCCCACACUGUCCCUGGAAGAAUCUGAGAAGAGCAGAGCGGAGGGAGCCCCAGACACGGUCUGCGGGAGAGCUGUGGGGCUUGGUGAGUGUUUCGUGGCCUCUCGGGUUGGUCAACACCCCCAGCCAGCUGGCCCAGGACCCCUCUACAGAAGCAUUCCAGGAGAGCAGGCGUCACCAAGAUGUCCAACCCCUUCCUGAAGCAAGUCUUCAACAAGGACAAGACAUUCCGCCCCAAGCGCAAGUUUGAGCCGGGCACCCAGCGCUUCGAGCUGCACAAGAAGGCGCAGGCGUCGCUGAACGCCGGGCUGGACCUGCGGCUGGCCGUGCAGCUGCCCCCAGGCGAGGACCUGAACGACUGGGUGGCUGUUCACGUGGUGGACUUCUUUAACCGCGUCAACCUCAUCUACGGCACCAUCAGCGACGGCUGCACGGAGCAGUCCUGCCCCGUCAUGUCGGGGGGCCCCAAGUACGAGUACCGCUGGCAGGACGAGCAUAAGUUCCGGAAGCCCACGGCACUCUCGGCGCCCAGGUACAUGGACCUGCUGAUGGACUGGAUCGAGGCACAGAUCAACAACGAAGACCUCUUCCCCACCAACGUUGGCACUCCAUUCCCCAAGAACUUCCUGCAGACGGUGCGGAAGAUCCUGUCGCGGCUGUUCCGCGUGUUCGUGCACGUCUACAUCCACCACUUUGACCGCAUCGCGCAGAUGGGCUCCGAGGCCCACGUGAACACCUGCUACAAGCACUUCUACUACUUCGUCAAGGAAUUCGGCCUCAUCGACACCAAGGAGCUGGAGCCGCUGGUGCGCAGGCUUGGGGUUGAGGGCGCGGGGUUACGGUGGGGCUGGCGGCCCAUGGCAGACGAACCGCUCCGGGGCCACGAUCCUGACUGCUCGCCGUCGGCCCAGCAGCUGGCGGCUCCGGCUGGAGUUGGGCUCCGGGGACCCUGCUGA